AUGGCGGACGAACAUGCCAAGGGCGCCUCCGAGCCUCUUACGCGUCCUCAUCUCGCCAAACAGACUCUUGCCUCUCGCGACGGCCGAAACACCGCGCUGUCUCCAAACGCACCGAUUAGUCUAGAUAUGCACUCCGCAAGUUCGCCCCUUAGCUCCUUUGGUGAUGGCUCCGGAUCCUCGUCUAGCAAGGUACUUAUGACUUUCACCGUUAAUCAAUCACAUUUUAUCAACGUUCUCCCACAGCAACACUUCUCAUUCAGCAAUGUCGUGUCCACGUCGACGUUCUCCGGACCGCAAUCCCCAGAUGCAGAGCUGGAAGCAUCUACCAAGCCCGGUCAAUCACCGCGCUUCGCGUACUUCCAGUUUGCCAAACCCGACACCGACUCCCACACUCCCGCAUCGCUCCUGUCUAGGGAGUUAUCGGAGCUUUCACAGAUCUCUGCAAGUCCUCCCUCUGGCACGAGCGAGUCAGAAGAUGACGGCGGGCCUACACGAGCCAGCAUCCGUGCAUGGGCCAAGGCGACGCCAGCAGGAGCCCCUACCAGUCUGUCGACGCGGAGUAUUCCUGAGCCACCUCACUCCGGCUUGGACGAGUACUUCAACCGUCUGAGUCUCACACAGACCAUGCGCGAUUUACCCACAUCCGCCGAGAGCAGCGUCAAGCGGCCCAGCAGCCGAUCGAGGGACAUCAGCCUGCGGAGGUCUUUCGAGAGGGAGGAGAACUCAGGCAACGUCGCGGACGGGGAGAGCUCUGGGAGCGAGCAGAACUCAUCUUCUCCUCCAAUCGGGAGACCAUCUCCGGACAACCUGAAGCUCGCAGCACAGCGGGAACUCAUUGCCCCACAUCCGCAUCCGCGACCUGCUUCGCCACCUAAGCCCACUGGGCACGCACACACUGAUGCACGCCAGCACGCAACCGCCCAUCCCCCAGUUCACUCUCACUCUCAUGCCCCCCAUGUCCACUUCCAUCCUCAAGCCCAUUCACGAGUUGUUCCCCAUUCUCGGACCCGCCCCGAAUCCUCGCUCCCAGUACCUGUCCCAGCAUCAGCCCCCACGCCCACACAUCCCGACCAGCAGGAACGCGCCGAACGCCGUCAUAGGCAUAAACGGCGUCGGCAUCGCGACCGCGAACGCGAUAGGGAGCACGAUCGCGACAGACGCACACGCCACCCGCCCGGCCACGGCGUCGUCUCUAUGCCCGCCCUCCAACCUCUGCCUCCACUCCGCCCUCCCCCGCGGCCCAUCCCUAUGGGCACGCUGCCCGCCAUGCCGCUGCGCACGAUCUCCGUCCCGCACUCCCCCGCCUCGAACGCCUCCUCGCGGCCGAAGACGGACGUCUUUGGGGAGAUCGAGAAGAUGCUGCGUAAGGCGCGGAAGCCGAUCCUACGCGUCCGCGAGGUGGACGAGAACGAGAACGACGCGGAGAACGACGUUCUCGAGAAUAUCAGAGCGAUGUUUCAACGGUCGUGCCGGUAG